AUGAGAAUCGCUACCAAGCGUCUCCAGAAGGAGCUUUCAGAGAUCAGAGUCAAGGGCGCACCGGAAGGAUGCGAAAUCAUCAAGGCCGACGAUCUGCAGGAAUGGCAAUUCUCUAUACAGGUGCUUGGUGAAAGCCUCUACCGAGACCAAAAGUUUGGCCUUCGCUUUCGCUUCUCCGACUCCUAUCCCAUGGAGAGUCCCGAAGUCGUCUUCCUGGUCACAGACGGCUUCCAGGCGCCCAUCCAUCCACACGUCUACAGCAACGGUCACAUCUGCGCCUCCAUCCUGGGCAACGAAUGGUCGCCUGUACUCACAAUCAGCUCAGUAUUGCUCACUUUGCAAAGCAUGCUCGCCAGCUGCAAGCAGCUUCAGAGGCCGCCAGACAACGACGCUUAUGUCAAACGCGCACCUCUCUCGCCCAAAGACAGCCGAUUCGUCUACGACGAUGACACAGUCUAA